AAGAAUCAAAUAACUCCAACUUAUCAUUAAAUAAAGCCAAGACAAAUAAAUUCCAGAGCAUCCCUGCUCUUUUUCCCACUCCCUUCCAAAGAAAACUCCAGCCUUCCUCCACCAACCCAAAUAUUCCUUCCUCAGCCCUUCUCCCAUGGCUCCUCAACUCCACACUUCCCAAAUCCAUCCUCUCACAACCCUAAACCGCCUCCACUUCCUCCUCUACUCCAUAUCCAUCCUCCUCCUCCUCUACCACCACACCGCCACCCCUUCCUCCUUCCUCCUCCUCUUCGCCAAUGCUUUCCUUGCCGUCAUGUGGCUCCUAUCUCAGGGCUUGCGAUGGCGCACUCUUUGCCGCCGGGAAUUUCCCGACCGCGUUCCACAAGUCAUUUCCGGCAAGGGUUAUCCGGCUUUAGACGUAUUCGUCUGCACGGCUGACCCAUAUAAGGAGCCGCCGGUGAGGUCGGCGAGCACCGCUCUCUCGGCGUUAGCGUUCGACUACCCUUCCGACCGCCUAUCCGUCUAUGUUUCCGAUGAUGGCGGCUCAGAGCUCGUACUCUUUGCCUUCUUGGAAGCUGCUAGGUUUGCUAGGCAUUGGCUGCCGUUUUGCAGAGGGAAUGGAAUUAUGGAGAGGAGCCCUGAAGCUUACUUCCAGUCCGGUAACGGCCAUGGAGGUGCAGAAGAGAUGAAGGUGAUGUUUGAAAACCUCAAGGAAAGAGUGGAUUAUGCAAUGGAAAAAGGGUGCGUCGAUCUCAGCUUAGUGAGCUCGAUGGAGGAGAAGGAAAUCUUCAAGAAAUGGAAAAAUUUCAGUCGCAUAGACCAUCCUUCAAUAAUACAGGUUCUUUUGGAAAGCAACAAGGACAAGGACAUCAGUGGCAAUCCCCUCCCAAAUCUGAUCUAUAUCUCCAGGGAGAAGCGCCCAGCUUCUCCCCACAACUUCAAGGCCGGAGCUCUCAACGCACUUCUUCGUAUCUCCGAAAUCAUGACCAAUGCGCCAUUGAUCCUCACCUUGAACUGCGACAUGUGUUCCAACGAUCCAAACACGCCGCAGCGAGCUCUCUGCUACUUUCUUGACGACCAACUAUCACCUAACCUUUCCUUCGUCCAGUUCCCGCAGCGGUUUGGCGCCGGACUUAACAAGAACGAUAUCUAUGCAGGAGAGUUCCGGCGGGUUUUCAUCCUCGGUUCAUUUGGAUUUGAUGGAUUGCAGGUUGCCAACUAUGUUGGGACCGGCUGCUUCUUCUCUCGCCGGUCAUUUUAUAGCUUGCCACCGGCAGUCGUGGCUUUUUCUGAUGAAGUCAGGCUGCCGGGUAGUUUACUGAGCUCAGAGUUUGUUUUGCUGAAAGCUCAUGAAGCAGCUAGUUGCAGAUAUGAAGAAGAGCAUAAAGAGUGGGGUUAUCAGAUUGGAUUCAGGUAUGGUUCUCUAGUGGAAGAUUACUACACUGGUUACAGAUUACAUUGCCAUGGAUGGAAGUCUGUGUUUUGUAACCCAGAUAGGCCAGCAUUUCUAGGAGAUGCGCCAAAUAGUUUGAUUGAUGCGUUGAGUCAGUGCAAGAGAUGGUUUGUAGGACUUUAUCAGGUUUGUUUCUCCAGAUAUUGUCCUAUUUUCUAUGGGAGCAGAAAGGUUUCGUUGAUAUUUGGAUUAUGUUAUAUGCAUUAUGCAAUAUGGGCAUCUUGGUGCAUUCCAUUGACUAUAUAUGGUCUUCUUCCUCAAUUGGCUCUUUUCUAUGGCAAACCUCUUUUCCCAAAGGCCUCAGAUCCAUGGUUUUUCCUCUAUGUCUAUCUCUUCUUAGCCACCUAUGCCCAAGAUCUCAUUGAGUACAUGGAAGUCGGUGGAUUAAUUCGAAGAUGGUGGAGUGAGCAAAGAAUGUGGAUGAUUAAAGGUGUCACAGCUUCCUUGUUUGGAACCUUGGAUUUUAUACUUAGCCAAAUAGGGAUCUCAGCCCCAGGGUUCACCUUAACAAACAAAGUCAAAAAAGGAGAAGAAAACAAGCUAUAUGACAAUGGCAAGUUUGUCUUCGGCAUAGCUUCGCCUUUCUUCUUCUCACUGGGGAUUAUAGCCAUUAUUAAUCUUAUAUCCUUCAUUUAUGGGUUCACAGAGGCUUUAAGAAGAGUUGGAGGGUUGGAUGAGAUGCUUAUUCAAUUGUUGCUAUCUGGAUUUAUUGUCGCAAGCUCAUGGCCUGUAUAUGAGGCAAUGUUUGUCAGAAAAGAUUGUGGGAAAAUGCCAGGAAGUGUCACCAUGGCCUCUAUUUUUCUCAGCUCAAUAUUCUUCUAUCUCGGGCACUCAUAUUUUUCAUAAAAUGAUUAGCUCGAUUAAUGUUUUGUAUCUUGUUAGUAAUUUAAUUAUGAACAGUUGAGUAGCUAUUGGAUGAUGUUAUGGUAGCUAAAUAAAUAAGGGAUUACAAAUUAUUUUUGUUGGAUUAGUAAUUUGAAUAAUGUACUCUCUACCGAGGAAGAAAUAAA